AUGAUCGAAUCAAAUUUUGCCAAUAAAUAUAUUGAUUUCAUAACUUAUUGUAAUCCAAAUGCUCCAGCUGAUAUGGAUUAUACUCCAUUGAUACGUUCUUUCAACUCUGUGCCAAAAUCUGAUGGUAAAAAUUUUGAUACUUGGACUCUUUAUCAAUUAGUAUCAAAACAUCAUUCUGGUGAAAUUAAGACUUGGACAAAAUUAGCUCAACAACUAGGUGUUGAACGUACUGCUGAUUCUAGUCCUCAAAAAAUUCAACAAUACGCCGUAAGGCUCAAGAAAUGGAUGAAAUCAAUUCAUAUCGAUGCAUUCUUUGAUUAUCUACUUGCCAGACCAAAUGAAUAUUAUCAAGACCCUGAUAAAAACCCUAUUUUGAUUAGGCGUUCUGGUAGUAGUCGUAAUAGCAAAAACAAUAAGGAUGGUCAUCGUAAUAAACGUUUAAAACCUAGUGUUGUUUCAAAAUCAUCAAGAUCAUUUGAGGGUAAUUUAAGAAGAAGAAGUGUAGUUCAGCAUGCUACAAAUAGAGGUAAAGGAACGCAGUUAUUGGGUAAACCAAAAAAUAUUUCUAUAUCCCAACACAUCCCAACCCCGAAUCCUUCACCAACAAACAUUAAUAAUUUUGAAACAACUACUACUACUACAGCAGCAGCUAAUAAUAGUGCUGCUGGUUCAAAUGAUACAACAACAGCAAUAACUUCAUCUUCUUCUUCAUUUGCAGAACUUUUAUUCCCACCUAAUGAUCCCAAUGAAACAAUUUCUGUGUUUCAAAAACGUUUGGUUAAAGCUGUUGGUAUGUUGGAGGAUAAAGAACGUCAGAUCGACAUGUUGAAAGAUUUGAUUAGACAGCGUGACGAAGAGAUGAGAAGUCGUAUUGUUAAAGGAAUGAAAAAUGAUAUUAUGGAUUUAUUUCAAAAAUGGGAGCAAUAA